ACAGUAGCAGCAGUAACAGCAGCAGUAGGCCGCGUCAAAGGAGCACGCUCAGAAGCGCACUCGCUGUCUUUCGACGUCGUCGAAGCGUCGCUCGCGUCGUCGGUGUCAGUCCGGUCCGUGCGCGCGAGUCGAGAGACGCGCUUCGUAAGCACGUCCGAGCUUUCUCGUCCGUUUCUCUACUUUGCUUAUUUCCUCCCCUCUUUCUCUGUCUCUCUCUCUCUCUCUCUCUCUCUCUCUCUCCCUCUCUGUAAUAUUCAUAUUUCAUUUCUCUUCUUUUAACUUUCUCAUUUAUUCUUUUCUUGUCACUACCCAAAGUACGAGGAUGAGUCCGUGUCGAUUCAUUGCAAGUACCGAGGCGUAGUCGCUGGAAGAAGAACAGGAAAAAAAAAUAAGUGCUCGAGAAAAGAAAGAAAAGAAAGGAAGCUCUCUUUCGUGUUUUACAUUAAAAUACGAGAAAGUAAGAAGUAAGAAGUAAGAAGUAGAAAAAUGGGGAAGGUGUACGAUUCAAGCAACGAGUGCCGUCGCUGAGAAGAUGCCACCGCGGAAGAAGUACGAGACAUGAAGAGACUGCGAUCAAGGUUACCGUUCUCGUAUUGGACGACGAAUACAUUCGCUGACGAUGAUGACCGAGGAGAAUCGACCGAUUUACCACCCCUACUGGUAGCAACGUGCUCUACGAAGGACACGUGGGUUUCUUCCAGUCAGGGCAGGCGGUAGCAGAGCCGUGAUCAAAAUGAACCUGAUAAACAUGGACGCGGAGAACCGCGUGGUUCUUAACGUGGGUGGGAUACGGCAUGAAACAUAUAAGGCGACCUUGAAGAAGAUCCCGGCGACGAGGCUCUCGAGGUUGACUGAAGCCCUCGCGAACUACGAUCCGAUCCUCAACGAAUACUUCUUCGAUAGGCACCCAGGAGUCUUCGCUCAGGUUCUCAACUAUUAUCGCACUGGAAAACUCCAUUAUCCCACGGACGUCUGCGGGCCACUCUUCGAAGAAGAACUCGACUUUUGGGGUCUCGACUCCAAUCAAGUCGAACCUUGUUGUUGGAUGACAUAUACCCAGCAUCGGGACACGCAGGAAACGCUGACGGUCCUGGACAGGUUGGAUUUGGACACGGAGAAGCCGACGGAUGAGGAACUGGCCAGAAAGUUUGGCUUCGAGGAAGCCUAUUACGAGGGCACUCUCACCUGGUGGCAAAAACUCAAGCCUCAAAUGUGGUCGCUCUUCGACGAACCGUACUCCUCUCCUGCCGCCAAGGUAAUCAGCAUAGUUUCGGUCUUCUUCAUCUGCGUCUCCAUACUGUCAUUCUGCCUGAAGACUCAUCCUGACAUGCGAGUGCCAGUGAUAGUGAAUCGGCCGGUGAAAGCGGGCAACAUGACGUCUUGGGUGCUCGACAAAACGCGCACGAACGCCCACGACGUCUUCUUCUACAUCGAGUGUGUCUGCAACGCUUGGUUUACCCUGGAGUUCCUUAUACGGAUAACAGCAAGUCCAAAUCGUUGCGUCUUUAUAAAAAGUUCGGUCAAUUUGAUCGACAUGGUGGCAACAUUGAGUUUCUACCUUGACUUGGCAUUGCAACGAUUCGCAUCCCAUCUGGAAAACGCGGACUUUCUUGAAUUCUUGAGCAUCAUACGUAUAAUGAGGCUGUUUAAGCUCACCCGUCAUUCAUCCGGCCUGAAGAUUUUGAUCCAAACGUUCCGUGCCUCGGCAAAGGAACUGACCCUGCUGGUAUUCUUUCUUGUCCUCGGCAUCGUGAUAUUCGCAAGUCUGGUGUACUACGCCGAGAGGACCCAAUCAAAUCCAGAGAAUGACUUUAAGAGCAUACCUCUCGGCUUAUGGUGGGCUCUUGUGACGAUGACCACGGUUGGUUACGGGGACAUGGUACCGAAGACAUAUGUGGGAAUGUUCGUAGGCGCGCUAUGUGCCCUGGCCGGUGUCCUCACGAUCGCCCUGCCGGUGCCCGUGAUCGUCAGCAACUUUGCGAUGUAUUACAGUCACACGCAGGCGCGAGCCAAGCUACCAAAGAAGAGACGUCGUGUCUUACCCGUCGAACAGCCAAGGGUCAGGGCGCCAGGCGCGCCUCCCGGUGUUGGACCAACUGGCAUUGGUGCUACUGGUGUUGGUGGAACCGUUGGUGGACCUCCUGGAGUUGGAGGACAUGGACCGGUCAGCCAACACGCCACGACCGGUGGGGGCCCUCCGUCCUCUGGCGUCACGCAUGGACAGCAACCAGCUGGUGGUUGCCCUCCUCCUCAUCAGGGGCCUCAGAACCGUAGGAUGAACGCCAUCAAGACCAAUCAUCCCAAGGAUCCCUUCGCUACCAAAUCAGGUACCCUGACAUUCUCUCUCUUUCUCUCUUCUUUACUUUCCAAUCUUUUUCAAAACCCUUCCUCUUCUUCGUGUAGUCGUGUAGUCGAUUUCCCUUUUUCUCGUACGGUGGGUUCCAGAGGAAGACCGGAGGAACUCUAACCUGCGGACCAACGGGACCAAGACUACUGGAGGCUUGGGUUAAGCCGAUAUCGAGGCUACUCUCCACUGCCGAUGCGUUCGCCGAACGGAAGAAGAAGACAGAGUUGAAGGUUAGAGGGAACAGCUCGCAAGUCCGCUCAAUGAUCAAUAAGCUUUGCGGACAUUUUUACGAUGAGACAGUCGGCGGCUGUCCUCCGGAGUACUCUCUUUCCCUCUUUUUCCCUCUCGCUCGCUCGUUCUCACUCUCUCCCUCUCUUCCUCUCCCCUCUACCAAAUCUUUUCUCUCUUUCUCUCAUAAACGUAAAGCAAUCACGCACGAUAUGACGUAGGACAUCCGAGCUAAAAUCUCUGAUCGCUUUGCAGAACAAGGAUAUCAAACAAUAUUUACUAAUCUCCUUCAAUAUUUUUAUUCCAAGCCCUUAUAAGUAUCAUAAAGUUACGAUUUGAUUGUUUUUCCCUUUACCUUUACCUUUAACCACAGGAGGUCCUUCUAUUUUCGGUCAGCCUUUCUUUAAGUAACGUGACGAGCUAAGAAACCGGUAAAUAUAACUCGUAGGAAACAACGCUCGUUAAAUGUCGAAGAUAGCUUAUUCUCUACAUUAUAAAAGAUCGAGGUCAGAGGAAAAAGAAGAAGGAAAAAAGGGAAACGUUGAAAAAAAAAACGCGUAAUCGUGAGAGACUUUGAAAAGAGUGAACGACGGAUAUGUAAGUCGGAAGAAAAGAAAGAUCGACAAUUAGAAACGGAUUCUUUUCGUUCGUUUGUAUGUUCGUUGUAGUCCUUUGACUCUUAUUCGCUGAAAUGCACGGAGCUUAUCGAUGUUCCGAUACAUAAGGCUUACGCGUAAGCGAUCGUUCAGACUCAUCCUUUCCGGAAUGCACGCUACGGCCUAAGGUCGACUCGGAACGUGUAUCGAGCGCUUGAGAUUUUCCAAUAUCAGCAUACUCGUUCGUUCCGUCCGACACGUUUGCGGACUCCGCCAACUCGUUGGCCCCAUCCAAACCAGCGCGAUUUUAGACUUACGAAUACGCUUCGGUACACCUGAAAAAGCAAUGGAUUCUUGAAAUUACAGCGAAUCGAUGUGCAUUUGAGAUAUAUACCCCUAUACGUAUGUAUAUAUAUAUACAUAUAUAUAUAUAUACACAUAUAUAUAUAUAUACAUAUAUAUAUACAUUUAUAUACAUAUAUACAUAUAUAUAUAUAUAUGUAUAAACAUAUAUAUAUUAGAGAAAAGAUAAAUCCGGAUCUAAAGUAGGAACCAGACGUAUCUAUCUUUCAGAUUAACUUGUUGAUCGAUGGAAGAGAUGCUUCGAAGGGACCAUGUCAAAAAUAUAUCUCUGUAUGAGUGAACGUAUGUAUGAAUGUAUAUAUACAAACAUCCUACAUAUCUAUCAAACAAUCGCCGAACAGGAUAAUCGUGAUUUUUCAUUUAUACGUUUGCUUUUAACGAACGUCGUUUAACGACUUAAUGAAUUAAAGUCGGUCUUGUUCUUUUUAUGGCGAUAAGCGCUUUAUCAUCCCCAACCGCUUAAAGCGACAUCGGUAAUCAGGUUAGAUUCUAGGGGAUAAUCGAUACCGACGAUCUUUAUAUAGUCAACGAAAUGAGUUUUUCUCAAUCACUUUCUUUCUUUUUUUUCUUUUUUAGUUUUUUUUUCUUUUUCUUUUUUUUCUUUAUUUUCACGAUCAGAAAGCGAAAACGGGAACUCUAAAAUUCUUUCUCGGAACUUUAACGAAACGACCCAUUUCGUUUAUUCUACUCUUUGACCACAGUCCGAUUAGAUGGUUACGCGUUUCGUAGACUCUGUAAACAACUUCGUCGCGCUUGUUUCUAACUAUAGCAGGAAACGUAAGUUCGGAGAAAACGUACAGGAGAAACGUACAGGAGAAAUUCUCAUUUUACGUUUUCUGUUUACAUUUUAUACUCGAGAUAAAAAAUUUACUUAGGCUAAAGUGUGACAUUUGAGUUAUAAUUAUAUAAUUAUUAAAUAAAAUUUCCUAUUUUAUACGCAUGAUAAAAUUUAUCGAUAUAUAUUAAUGAAACAAAAGCGAUGGGAAGAUUUGAUAAAAAAAGAGAGAAACAGGGAAAGUGUAAAAGAAAGAGAGAGAGAGAAAGAGAGAGAGAGAGAGAGAGAGAGAGAGAGAGAGAGAAAGAAAGAGAGAAAUCAGUCAAGUAUAUAAUACGAAAAAGAAUAAAAAUAUGUAAGCGAAGCAUUAAGAGUUUCUAGCGUGUUCCUACGAAACGCAUAUUUUCGCGCGAAAUUAAUAUACAACACCGAACUUAGAAUUCCACAAGCACUUAUAUAUGUAUAUCCUUUGCACAUCCUGAAUAAGUACCGCCGGGACCAAUCACCAAGCACCUCCUUUUUCUCUUUCAUCCUUAAAGCCUUUCCUGUCCCUUCCACUCUUAUUCCCGAUCAUUAAAUUACCCUUAAAAUAAAGUGGUACAUUGCUCUCUCUCUCUCUCUCUCUCUCUCUCUCUCUCUCUCUCUCUCUCUCUUUCUCUUCCUUUAUCUCCUUUUUUCCUUAUAAACAACGAGCAAAUUUACAUGCAUUUAACAAAUGGCAAGGUUGUAUAUGUAUCGUCACUGCACUAAAAAUAAAAAGAGAGAAAGAGAGAGAGAAUGAGAGAAUGAGUUAAGAAAUCAAAUCGACGAGCUUAAUUAAACAACGCGUGGAUGUCGUACGAAUGCAAACGCAAAUGAAUAAAAGCAACAACUUCCCUAUCAGAGUUUAAGAAAUCUUUGGCUCUGCAUCGAGUAUGCACUCAAGUGUGUCUUGCAACGGAAUAAAUUCGCUCGGUAUAUUGUGUUCUUUGUAUGUAUUUAUGAUAGCAGCUAUUAUCUAGUCGACUUGAGACGGUAAGCAAGGCACGUCUCCUGAUAUCGACGAAAAUGUCGAUGCGAAUCGAUCUAAGCGAGUUUUCCGAUUAUUUUUCCCUUUGAUCUCUCCUUCUCUCGUGAGACAAAGAAGUAAACAAGAACAAUGUCAAUGUUGCCUUCUGAUUCGAUCUUGUUGUUGUUGUUAUCCUUGUCUCUGUAGUCUUGUUGUUCAAUGAUCUCUCUAAUGGCUUUUCUUUUUACGAUCCAUCAAACAAUAAACGGGAUAACGUGUGUAUGGUCCGUACAUGUUUUGAAGCGGCCGUGAUAUUGCUACAAGUGAAUUCUCCAGAUUUUCUAAAGUAAUACGAUCUUCGGCGAAAUCUCAUGGAACAAUUGAAGAAUAGAAAAUUCGAAAUUCCCUCGUAUCGAAUACUUUGUCGAACUGACUCGGUCAAUCAAUAAAUUCAAAUCGAUGAACUUUAAAAAUAUUUUAAAAGAAGGAAAGAGAGAGAGAGAGAGAGAGAAAAACUAGAUCGGUGCGUUUCAAAUAAUCGAGUUAACUUGAUAAGUCUUUUAAAGAACUUUUGCAUUUGUGAGGUGGUUGGACGAAAAGGUAAGCGAAAUAAAGAAACGAAAGAUGAGAUGAAAAGAGAGAGAGAGAGAGAGAGAGAGAGAGAGAGAGAGAGAGAGAACAAAUAAAAGAAUGCAUAUCCGCGGCGGGCACAAUAAGCACGCACGCACAACAGUUUUUAAAGAGAAAUGAAGAACAAGUGUAUCGUCGGUUAGGUGUGUGCAUGGAAAAAAAAAUAUAUAUAUAUGUAUAUAUACGUAUAUAUAAUAUAUAGUAUAUAUAUAUAUAUAUAUACAUAUAUAUAUAUGCAUUCGUCACUCUGAAUCGUUACUAUACGACAUGGAGAUUGAAUUCCACUAACGAAGGAUUUUUUCUACAAGUAUCUUUUUAAUUAAAAAAACACAAGCACGGAGAAUUUCAGAGAGAUGUUUUCUUUGACCAUGUAGCAAUCGUCUUCAAUUCUUGGACAUUCUUGAAGCGAUGCGAAUAUUCCUUGAAUUUACAGUCAUUGUAAUUACAUUAAUUAACGCAUCUUUAUUGCUCAACGAUAUACCAAGAAAAUAGAAUAGAGUUAAGGAUAAUAAAAAACGAAGGUGAAAAAUAUCGUUGCCUGCGAAGAAUCGGUCACCUUCUUUUAAAAAUAGUUGUAGUUAAAGCAUUUGCAUCUAAAGAAUGUUCAAAAGAAUCUAUGCGAAGCUUCAAGAACGUUCAAACUCUUUAAUGAAAUUUUUAAUAAAAUCAAGUCGAAUGGAUUGAAGCGAUGCACGAAAUGAUGCACGUCAUAUCGACGAUUAACGUACGAGACACACCGAACCGCAUGUGAAAACAGAAACACACAUGAACAUAUACACAUAAAAAGAAACACACUCUCACUUGCAUUCGUUGACCACCGCCCUUUUACACGUUUUAUCAGUCCUUUUGACUUUGUAGAUAGAGUUGUACGAUUUUUCUUAACGAACGCCAACGUCGAGCUGUCGUCGAUGCUGUGGUAUCGCAAAUUAUAAACCUACGAGAUUAUUCAAUAUUAUUAUAAAUCGAAAAGGGGAGAGAGAAGAAACAACAUGCGCGGAAUCUCCCAACAUGUCGAACGUGUGUAUUAGCACCAAAGAGGAAGACGAAUUUUACAUUAAAUACAAUACGUGUCGUCAACGUAACCGUAUUAACAAGCAUUAUCAUUUCUAUUCUUGUAACAUCGUCAUCAUUAUCGCUAUGAUCCUUGUCGUGAUCGUCGGCGCAUUUCGUGACGCAUCACGUAACACGAUGUAACCAUAACAUGCCGCUCGACGAGAAGAGAAGUCUAGCUCUGGAAAUAGGUUCGCGUCGAAUCUCGUACAAACGUUAUACGUUACCACGCAAUAUCGCCGACGAAAAUCUCGGGAGGUAUCUAGGGGACCGAGCGGAUGAAUAAAACAAAAAAAUAAUAUAAAAUAAAAAAGGCAAAUUAUAUAUAUACAUAUAUAUAUAUAUAUAUAUAUAUAUAUGUAUAUAUAUGUAUAUAUAUGUAUAUAUAUAUGUAUAUAUAUAUGUAUAUAUAUAUAUAUAUAUAUAUAUAUAUAUAUAUAUAUAUAUAUAUCUAUUAUUGUACCGAGAGUUGUGCGCUGCGUUUACGAUUUAAGCUAGUUUGUUUGUAAAUAAAAACUAUUUGACUCUUUGACACACUUGUCUAAUAUACAAAUAUGUAUCUUCCUCUUCAAUUCCUUCAAGUGUAAUCCCUUUUCUCCUCUUUCAAUUUCAUUCAUCAAGACGUUCCUCCUUUCUGCUCUCGCAAUUUAACGCUACACAAGAUCACACCAUUGAAACGUUUAAGGUACACAUCGUAGCUGUUCAUACAUAAGACACAUGCCAACAUUAUCCUCCAGUGUUGUCCCUGUAUCCUCUCCAGGACCAAACGCAACCCUUAUACGAAAGGGCGUUGCCCAAGUCUCCACACGACAAUUUCCAUCGGUGUCUAGCUCGUCUCGUUCGCACAACGAAUUUCCGCAAUGUUCGAGAUUGCAAAUUCCGACACCAUUGUUGCCGGGCUAAAACAAACGAAUUGCCGUCUUUAUCGGUUCUAUCUCUCUUUCUCUCUCUCUCUCUCUCUCUCUCUCUCUCUCUCUCUCUCUUUUUCUUUUUUUCUUUGUCACCAUUUGUGAUUAACAAUUGAAUUUGAAAUGUUCUACAGCGAAUAAGACCGCACAAACGUUCGAAGUUCCAUCAAUAAAUAAAAAAUAAAAUAGAUGAUAUAGUACCGUGAUAAAUUCCUCGAAAUCACAAGGUAUAAGAACUUUGUCUCUGCAUCUUCUAGUUAUAACAGUUAAAGGUGUAACAGUCUCUUGUCCAUCCGGACCACUUCCAGAUCCUUCCAUUAAAAAAUCCGUUUGUCCAGCGUCAGUAGAGUUACCGUUAACGUUAUUACUACCGUUGGUACUGUUAUUAGGUUUUCUUCUGGGAACAGUGGUUGUAGCAUUCGAUUCAAUUUGUCCUGAUCUCGAAGCUCCUAUUCGAAAAGAAUCUUUCGAACAAGGAGUGUAAGAAAUACCACACAUUUCCUUUUCUUGACGAACACAAACUAAAUAGUCCUGAUCAGCUAAAAAUCUCCCAUUUGGUAGAUAAUUCAUAGUUUUAAGGGUGCCAUUAGGUGAACGAAAGUAUUGAAGGCACCCGGCCGGUGCACGAUCUUCGAAACCCAAUUGGAUCACUCUCAUUUCCCACAUUCGCGAAUGAAGUCCAUUCGGUAGCUUAAAGUCAAGGGUCACAGGUUCGUCGGCCUCGUUUACGUCUAAAUAUACUGACCGCACGAAUACGUAUCUAUAUAAUAUAUUUCUUAAAUAAACUACGAAAGAAGAGAAUAGUGUGUUAUACUCACUGUGCUGCCCGCUAUUCCACCCACACAAUCUUAGAGACGACCUAUUACCAUUCCUAAUUUCCAUAAUAUCUUCGUCACAGAUGCCAGUUCUUCUAUUAGGUUGACCCUAAAAUCAUUAAUAGAUUGUCAGAAAAUUCCUAAGUGUGAAAAGAUGAUUAAUCUCACUAUGGAUAUCUCGAUAGAUAAACCUUUCCUUAAAGAUAGACUUCUUUUUAAGUCGUAAGAGCCAAGAGUUCGUUUUAAAAAUUCAAUACGAAACUUUGAAGAUGUUAGUUGCCGCCAAGUGUUUGAGUUCUUUCUAGAUUUUAAGAGAAGUUCUCUUUUGUACUUAAGAAAAGUGCUAAUACAUCCCCUAAGAUACUUAUAUGGAAUAAACUGUAAUGAUUAAUGAUCUAAAUUCGAAAUCCCAUCGGUUCAUUCUAAUGUAACCUAACUAAAUUCGAUUUAUUUACUAACUUUAUAUAUACUUUUGCAAAUUUAAUUAAACCCAAAUUAUCAUAAAAUCGUCCCCAUUAAACAACAAGAACUACUCGAAUACAAGCGUGACUGAAGUAUCAAGAAAUAGUAGAAUUCGCACUUACUAUGUUGAAGUGUAUGAAGUCAAUCCUCAAUUGGCUGACCUGCCUAUCGAUCUUCCGGACGACUACCGAGCAGUUCAUGGGUCGGUCGAUGAGGUUCGGGAAACCAGGACUGGUCACGUAGGUCAGAUUAUUUUGCACCUCUUGAUCGCAACUCGCCGUAACUUAUAGUGGGAAAAAUUAAUGAAUAACGAUGAAAAACAUUCGCAUGUACGUUCUCAAUGCGUAAAAUUAUUCAAAUAUAUUCAGCCUCCCUUAAAAAUUCAAAAACUUGUUCGUUUCGUCUUUUCUUUUUUUUUCACAGAAGAAUAACCAUAAUCAUUAAAGAAACUUUUUCAAUUCAAUCGAAGACUUGAAAAAGCAAAUUUUGUUUCGUACACUCGAAUAUAUUACUGUAUCUUUUAAACCUUAUCAAUUACGUUUCUUUUGCCUCUUUGACCCUAAAUAGCAGAGUUCUUUUCUCGAGGGUAACGAGUCCUUAAAUAAUUGAAGAAGUUUGAAACGCAAUAAACCAACGACGUGGAAAGAAAUACUGUAAUUAAAUUAUUUCUCAAUAGUGCCCACUCGACUAUAUUUCAGUCAACCUUUUCAAGAUAAAUUUCGCGUCGAGAUGAAAUCGCUAGUAAAGGUACCGAAGUAUAAAAGACCGUAUAUUCGUAUAACUCAACUGAGAUAAUAUAAAUUUCAUUGUUCAACUACGAUCGACCUAUCUACAAAUUGAUUUUAUAAGAACGUUUUGGAUUCCUUAAAAUAUUUCAAGACAAAGCAGAUAAUAACCAAUGUGUUCGCAUUUCAAAGUAUUAUCACUUUCACGCUGAAUGUCUUUCCAUAAAAUAGUCAUAAAAUGAUAGAUUGAAAAAUUAAUAAAUACAACAUUCAAUCAUCCUAUAUAGAAUUAACAAGUAAAAUUCAUUACUUUAACAAAUAAUAUUAAUAACAAUUAAAUGACGUUUAUAUUUACAUGUCCAUUCUUAUUCGAGUAAAAUUUUCAAUUUCUGAUUUCUGAAGUGAAAUUAAAAAUCUGGAUAUAUAUACCGUUAGGAUUUUUUCUAAGAAAAAUAAGAGAGAGAGAGAGAGAGAGGGCGAGAAAUCAUGAUGCGACAUUCUUAUGCCAGUCCAGAGUUCCGAUAACGAGUUCUCAUUCAGGCAUUCAGUGGCCGUUUUAGAGUCUCCGGGGCUCCAUUCAACGGCUGUGUCUAUACCACACAUUUACCAUCUCGUUUCGUAGAUUUUACUCCCUCCAUCGUACAUAGUACGAAACAACAUUACAAAUUUACAGGCCAACCGGUAUCGACGCUCGUCGAGAAGGAAUUCUACUUUGUAAACUUUGAUCCUUUAUAAAAGUAGGUAAGAAAUAAACAAUAACAACGACGAAGAUAUCAGAUCCGAUAAAUUUGAUUUACAAAUAAGUAAAUAUAUAUGCAGGUAUGUAUGCACGUAUAUACAUAUGUACCUACGUAUAUAGAAGGUGCACAUUCACAAUUACAUCGAUUAACAUGACGUAGAAAUAUCAUAAUAUCUAGAUUUGCUCUUUCAAAUUAAUUUAUAUUUGUUUAGCAUUCGUUAAGAACGUAAAGUCGGAAGAUACUGAACGUGUCUUCGUCGCUUAAUUUCCCUCGAGAAAUAUCGUUCUGCAUCUUAGAAAUACAAAUUGCUUUAAUCUUAGUUAAAGUAAAAUUUCUAACGAUAGAAUUCAUAAUGAUGAAAGAAAGGGAAAGAAAGAAAAAGAUAAAAAUAGAGAAAGAAAGGAAGAAAGUAUUAAAUCUUCUAAGAAUAUUCUCUUUCUCUCUUUCUUUCUACCCCUAGUAAACAUAAAGGUUGAUAUUUCAACGAAAAUUAAAGUCCGAUAUCUCGCAUAAUUAAAUAUCAAGUUAAUUGCUCGGCCUCGCGUGGUGACUACUCGACAGGUAUAUUAAGCGGGAUCCGAUGGAAACGUGACUAAAGUUAGCUUUCGCCUAACUUAAGAUACUUUACUAAUUAUCGAAUCACGAUGCUAUGACGGGAGCUUUCGUGACGUUAACGACGUAUAGAAAAAUUUCUCCUGGUAAUAUUUUUAUACCAGUUGGGUAUAACUAGUUGGAUAUGACUAUUUUUACGCAUAUGUUUAUAUACAUAUGUAUGUGUAGGUGUAUGUAUGUAUAUAUAUAUAUAUAUAUAUAUAUAUAUAUAUAUAUAUACAAAUUUGAUAAAUGACUCAACAACAUAUCCCAAUAAGAAAGUAGAAUUGCGUUCUUCUCGACUUUGAUCGAAAUUCAAUUAAACUAACGUAGAAAAUACGAAUAUCCGGGUGACGAAUCCCAAUAUCCGGAUGACAAAUCCGUAAGAUCCGACUGUCCGAGAGCACGAGGCACGUCCUUUUCAUCGUAAUCGGAUUACCUCGAUAUCCGGAUACCUGACGAACCUUCUUUUCCCAGCUAAUGAAUGUGGGGAAAAAAAUCACGUGAUCUUGGCCAAACAAUCUACCAAUAACUAUUUCUAAUAUAAAAUUAUUGUGUGAAACCUUUGGCUACGAUAUUGCUUUGAAUUGCCUAAAUUAUGAUUUUUUUCAAAUAAAACCGUAUACUUUAUCGAUGGUGUUGAUCUAUUAUUACUGCUCGAAAUGUUUGCUUCGUUUGAGAAAAAUAGACUACAAAGGAGAGAUGGAGAGAGAGAAGAAAAAAAAGAGAAAAAAUUAAAGAAAGAAAAGCACGUAAAGCGGUUUUGUCGGACAUGCAAGCCGCGCAAACAAAGUUUUAUGUGGGACACGUGACCGACUCGAAAGGCAAUUAGGUAACUGUAUAAUCCCGACCGCUCAUACAUUUUUUCUCGGCACGCGAACUCAGAGAUCGGAACUCAAUGCUUCCUUCUUUCUGUUCUCUUUCUUUUUUUUCUUCUCUGCUUUUUUUUUGCUUUACUAUAUAGCGGCACCUCCCUCUUCUCAUGCUUCCAUUCGUCUUACAAAUAAAAUCUCUUCUUCGAGAUCUCCUCGUUUUAUACUUUAAAGCGUACGACUGCUUCAAUACCGUUAACUAAAAUCAUCAGCCUGCUUCGACCCAGUGACCAUUCUCUUUCUCUCAACAAGAUCUUCGAUCCGAUCGAGAACGUCUUAGUAGUAGUUGUCGAGUGUGAAAAACGAUCGUUUAUGUAUGCACUAUAGAUAAAACGCCAAGUUUACGGGACGGUCAAAAAAUUCAUGAUAAAUCGAUAAUUCAUAAAAUAUUUAACAAAUUUACUAUACUUCAAUUUAAUCAAUUAAAUUUUAUGCUUUAAUUAAUUAAAAACUAUUCCGAUUAAAAAAUCUUCGUCGAUGUAUAUUUCAUAUUAAUUAAUUUAAUUUACGUAUUAAUAUGUAUUAAGUUAAUUUACGUAUGUACGUUAUUUACGUUGAAGUACGUUAUGUCGUUAUACAUAUGUGUAUAAUAGAUUGCUAUGGUUAAAUGAAAAAUUGUAAAAAGUUUGUCUGGUAUCCGUGCAUAUUACUAUCGAGAAAACUAUCAAUGUAUUAACUCAAUUUAAUAUUACCUAUAUCUAUACACACAAAAAGAAAUAAAAAGAUGGCAGACGUCAUGCAUAUGCAUAUGCGAUGUCCUAGAAAAUAUGACAAAUAGAAAAUAACCGAAAAAAUUUAUAUAAGACUCACAUAUGCAACAAACACCAAAUCCAAGAGCACAUGGUCCAUAUGAUUUUCCGUUUUGAAUACGACAAUGGUACGUGUUCAUGCAUAUCCCACGUCGUCGUUUAUCCGAAGAUAAACACUCUUCUUCUACUGGGAUAGGAAAAAAGUUGAGAACUAAAAAAAAUUAAAAAGUAAACAUAAGUGAAUGAUAAAUGAAAGAUUACAAUAAACAAUCAUGUUCAACACAUUUCCAAAUUCUUUUUAUCAUAUUCAAUUAAAAAUGCUCCAGAAAGAUCUUUUCAUUUAAAUUAAAUAAAUAUUUUUUAAUAAAUUCAUUAGAAAAUUCUUAUCUAAUCUUUCCUAUGAACUCACCCCUGGAACGUAUUUUUAAAUCAAGCAUCUCUGCUUGUUUGGUUCCCCAACCGAAUAAAUUCAACGACCAUCCACAAGUGUUUACUGAAAAUGACAACAGAAGACCGCAAACGAUUGCGAAAAGUCCUCUGGACUUUCGCAUUGCUCCUAAUCACAAAAAUGAUCGUUCUGUCCUUUUAUGCUCUUAUUAAUCAAUAAUGAAAUCCGAGAAUAUCGAUCAAUCACCGAAAACAUCGAUACACCUACGACUCUUUCAUGAAAUUUUAAAGAUCGUAGGAACGGACGAAAGACCGGCUGAUCAACCGACCGACUGACUGACUGACUGUUGUAAGUCCCGUAGGAACUUCAUAUAAGACCCCUCUACAAUCAUCUUUGCUGAUACUGUUACAGUCGUUAUCCUACUAUCCAUGUACUUUUCCAUUUCUGUAAAGACAGAUAUAUUAUAUAAGAUGAAAUAUAUAAUAU